AUGAGCGUUUUACAUCUCAUCAGCUGUAGAAUGACUAGCCAAUCAUCGCUCACUUCAGUGACACAUUGUGUUUUCAUCCCGCCCUCACACAUAUAUCGGUGGAAACCGCCCGGUUGUGCGCGUCUGUUUACUUUAGUGUUGGUUUCUGCGAAUAGGAAAUUAUUCCAUCUUCCUGUCUUGAUGGACAGUUUUACGUUGCGCGUGGUUUUGUGUGUGUCAGCUCUAUGUGUGUGGAGCUCGGCAGCGCGUGGACGCAGUGAUGUGCUCGAGCUCAAAGAUGCAGACUUCGAUUACAUCGCGCCCGAGCACGAGACCCUGCUGGUGAUGUUUUAUGCCCCAUGGUGUGGUCACUGUAAGAAACUUGCUCCGGAGUUUGAAACUGCUGCUACACGAAUGAAGGGAACAGUAACUUUAGCCAAGGUGGACUGCACUGCUAAUACAGAGACCUGCAAGCGCUAUGGGGUCACUGGAUACCCAACACUCAAAAUAUUUCGGAACGGACAGGAAUCAUCUUCGUAUGAUGGGCCGCGCUCAGCUGAGGGAAUCGUGAGCUAUAUGAAGAAACAGGCUGGACCCGAUUCUGUGCCUCUGCAUAGUGAGCAUGACCUGGAGAACUUCAUCAACCACUUUGAUGCCAGCAUAGUUGGAUUUUUCUCAGGGACUGACAGUUCUCAGCUCUCUGAGUUUCUUAAAGGAGCCAGUUUAAUGAGGGAGGGUUUCCGCUUUGCUCACACCACAGAUCUAGAGCUCGGAAAGAAAUACGACGUCAAAUAUGAGUCUGUGCUUCUGUUCCGCCCCCCCAGACUGAGCAGUAAGUUUGAGGAGAGUGUGGUUCACCACACAGGACCCCUGUCCAUCACAGGCCUGCGCCGCUUCAUCAGAGACAACAUUUUUGGACUCUGUCCUCACCUGACCAAAGAGAAUAAGGAUUCAUUGAGGAAGAGGGAUUUACUGACGGCCUUCUAUGACUUGGAUUAUCUUCACAACCCCAAAGGCUCCAACUACUGGAGAAACAGAGUGCUGAAGGUGGCGUCUAAGUUCAGUUCUCAGGGCCUGUUGUUUUCUGUGGCGAACCGUAAUGACUUUCUGGAGGAGCUGGAGGAUGAGUUCGGUCUGGGCACGUCAGACUCAACUGAGCUGCCGUUUGUCACCAUCAAGACACGAACAGGAAACAAAUACACCAUGAGAGAGGAGUUCACACGAGAUGGCAAGUCUUUAGAAAACUUUCUAGAAGAUUAUUUUUCUGGCCGACUGAAGCGUUACGUCAAAUCAGAGCCUGUGCCUGCCAAAAACAGUGCAGCUGUCAAGGUGGUUGUGGCAGAUACGUUUGAGGAGAUCGUCAAUGACCCAGAGAAAGACGUGCUUAUUGAGUUUUAUGCUCCGUGGUGUGGCCACUGUAAAAAACUGGAGCCCAAAUAUACAGAGCUUGGAGAACGGCUAUACAGUGAUCCUAGUAUUGUAAUCGCCAAGAUGGAUGCAACUGCCAAUGAUAUCCCACAGGGCUAUGACGUGCAAGGGUUUCCUACAAUAUACUUUGCUGCUGCUGGCCGGAAAGAUGAGCCAAAGCGAUAUGAGGGAGCCCGUGAAGUGAAGGAUUUCAUCAACUUCCUGAAGCGUGAGGCAUCCAAACCUCUUGUUCUGAAUGGAGUCAAGGAAGAGCUGUAAACGUUAAAGCAGGAGAUUGCUGUAUGUUGCGUAAUUCAGGAAGAGUGAAGAAUCCUGUAGGAUCCUGCUGCAGUUCAGCCAUAUAUAUCACCAUAUCAAAUAAAUCGGCUGCAAUCAAGAACAUAAAACUAAUUGUAAUUAUACAGAGAUCCAGGGCCUCAUUUAUAAAAUGUUGUGCAGAAACCAUCCUAAAUUUGAUCUUACGGUUAUCUCACAAAUAUGCAUGCAUGUGAUAUAAAGAAAGAAUGUAC